ACUCACCGGCACCGGCGGGCUCGGCGGGGCCGCGCUCCGGCUCCAGGCGCGGCCAUGAGGCGGCUGUAGGGCCCGGGAGCCGCCGCCGCCGCUCCGCUGCCUUCGGCCGCCGCGGGGGGCUCGGCGGGGCGCGGCUGUGCUCGGGGUGGAUGCCGGCCGGGGCCGGCCGCUGCCGGCACCAUGCACACCGUGCAGAAGGACACCACCUUCACCAAGAUCUUCGUCGGGGGGCUGCCCUACCACACCACCGACUCCUCCCUCAGGAAGUACUUCGAGGUCUUCGGGGACAUCGAGGAGGCGGUGGUGAUCACGGACCGGCAGACCGGCAAAUCCCGAGGAUACGGCUUUGUGACCAUGGCAGACAGAGCUGCUGCUGAAAGAGCUUGCAAAGACCCAAACCCCAUCAUUGACGGCAGGAAAGCAAAUGUGAACCUGGCGUAUUUGGGAGCAAAACCAAGGAGUAUUCAAACUGGUUUUACCAUAGGUGUGCAGCAGCUACAUCCAGCCUUCAUUCAGAGACCUUUUGGACUCACGCCUCACUAUGUUUACCCCCAAGCCAUCAUCCAGCCCAGCGUGGUGAUCCCUACCCCCGUGCAGUCCAUCACGUCUCCCUACAUCGACUACACGGCUGCCAGCCAAGCCUACUCCCAGUACACCACAGCUGCCUACGACCAGUACCCCUACGCUGCCUCCCCCGCCGCCGGCUUCGUGGGCUACGGCUACAGCACGGGCGCGGUGCAGCCGCCCCUCAGCGCCGGCACGCCCGCGGCGCCCGCCGCCGCCUUCGUGCAGUACCAGCCGCAGCAGCUGCAGCCCGACCGCAUGCAGUGAGGGCCCGCAUGCCGUGAGGGCCCGCCCGGCCUCCCCGGACAAUCUCUGCUCGCCCUGCAAGGAUACCGCUAGGACAGCAAAACGGCAAAAAAGUUAUAAAAGAGACAAAACCAACACACACACACACACACACACAAAAAAAAACAAAUCACCCCGUCCCUUUAUUCCCCGUAUGUAGGUGCAUAUUGAUGCCUAAGCUAUUUAUAGUGUUGAGGGCGAACCCCCGAAUCCUUGCAGUCUGAUUGUGCUUAUGAAAGUGGACUUCUGGUAAGUUUUAUUUUUUCCCCCCUUUUUUUUUUUCCUUCAAUCUGGACAGAUACUGUCUUGAAGAUGUUCUAAAAGCGGCUGAAAUGUUUCACAGGAAAACGACAGAUUCUUGCACACAUGGCAGUCUGCUUCCAUCACCUGUGGUCUUCUUUCUGCCCCCUUCCUUCCUCAUCCAGCCUACAAUCCUCUUAUUUACUGGUGAGGUACAGAGGUACUUGGAGAACAUGGAAAAAAAGCAAUCUUAUUUUUUGGUUGUACAAAAACUUUGUAAUACUCAGAGAUGCCUUACAGAAAAAAAAAAAAGCAAAAGAAAAACUAUUUUUUAAUAUUUAUUGCGAUUUUAUUCGCAUGAGCUGUGAAUUGCAGACAGAAGAAUAGUAGUAAGUAUCUGCCUUGUUUAAUUCUCAUUUUACUAAAUUAUUGUAUGUAGGUAAAAGUUCUUAAGUAAUUGCUGAAUCACUUCAACAUGCAAAAGGGAAUAUUGGCUUGAAGGAGAGCAGAAUAUUCCUUUAGUCAACGCACUGUACUAUUUUCUUAUUGUAAUUGUUACUCUGUUAAGAUUAUCUCAAAUUUAGGUAUAUUUUUAAAUGCAAAAAACCAACCAAGAAUACUGAACAUUUUGUCUACUUUGGUAGAUCUUUUGUUACAAUGCUGCAACCUAUGGAGACAUUUACAGUAUUUAUGUAAAAGAGAUUUGGGGCUGUUGGCCAGCAAGGUUUAGGAGAAUAUCAUGAGUGGAGCAGUAGAGAAAAAGGUGUUAUGUCACUGAACAAAUGGGUAAAUAUAACCUUUUUAUGCCUGUAAUCCAACAGCCAAAUAAAGGAAGAGAACAGGCGAUGUAAGUGCAUUUCUACAAAGACAGCAAUAAACUAUUUUAACUUUUAAGAUUA